GGCCUUUGUUCAGGGAGAAGCUGGGAGCUGAAGUUUUCCUCCCACUCACUCUGCACUGAGCAGAGAAAGGAGCUGUGAUCUGGAAUCUAUGUGUGAGACCAAGAUAUUAUCCCUAAAGAAGAGACAUUUUAGUCAAGUAAUAUUUACCCAUGAAGACAUGCCCACUUUUAUUCAGCCCACAUUUCUUACUCCACAUCAAAAAACUGUUAAUGAAGAGAAACCCUGUGAAUGUAAGAUAUGUGGAAAGGCCUUUAAUCAGAACUCACAAUUUAUUCAACAUCAGAGAACUCAUUCUGCUGAAAAAAGCUAUGAAUGUAAGGAGUGUGGGAAGUCCUUUAGCCGUGGCUCACUUGUUACUCGACAUCAGAGGAUUCACACUGGUGAAAAACCCUAUGAAUGUAAGGAAUGUGGCAAGGCUUUUAGUUGUAGUUCAUAUUUUUCUCAACAUCAGAGGAUUCACACUGGUGAGAAACCCUAUGAAUGUAAGGAAUGUGGAAAAGCCUUUAAUUAUUGCUCAAACCUCAAUGAUCAUCAGAGAAUUCACACAGGUGAGAAACCCUAUGAAUGUAAAGUAUGUGGAAAAGCCUUUACUAAGAGUUCUCAACUUUUUCCACAUCUGAGAAUUCAUACUGGUGAGAAACCUUAUGAAUGUAAGGAAUGUGGGAAAGCCUUUACUCAACACUCAAGGCUUAUUCAACAUCAAAGAAUGCAUACUGUGACCAAUCGUCAUCAACUUCCCAAGACUAAAGGAAUUCCAGAAACAUGGGACUUCAGUGCUGAAACUGAGAAAGUCCUGAGGAAACCAAGACAAGUUGGUGAUUCUGAUUGA